GCUGGCCACCCACCCUCUCAUGUGCCACAGUGUCAGCCUUCAUAGGUGCUGCUCGCUAACAGCACUUUUCCCAACAAUCUGUUUAAGGCUGCACAUGGGGACCUCUUUGUCUUCGCGUGGCGUGUGUUGCCUCUGCAGGCCACCGCACAGGGUGGAGGCCCCUGGGCGUGGGGACAGUGGCUCCACGGUCUGGAGCACGGGCACCAGCACUCAGGACUCCCUUGGCGUGCCGUCUCCCUCUUUCUCUCAGCUGUCGACGAGCCCAGACACGGGCCUGAGCGUGCUCAGCAGCUCGGUGUCAUCGCCGACAAUCUCGGACACGCGGAGCCCACUCUCUACGCACUCGUCCCACGGUUCCCCGGAGCAGGACUCCCCGCUGCCCAGCCCCGACGUGGCCACCUCGCAGGGCUUUGUCUCCCCGAUCCCCGCCUUCCCCUCGAGCCGCAGCAACCCCCUGCCCUUCACCACCGACCGGAGCGGACUUCCUACUGCGGGCGUCUUCGCGGUGAUCGGCACCCCGCUGCUCGCCAACGGCGCCACUGCCCCUGCCGCCACCGGCGGCUUCGCGAGUCGACCGUCCGGCACCCCAUCGCAGCAGGACGAAGAGAUGGAGGUGUUGUCCGACACGAGCGCCCAGGCACAGGCGCCCGUCUUCCUGUUCCCCAUAGCACCCGCGAGCGCCGCGCGAGAGCUGGAGCGUGGUUCGACCCAGCGGGAGGCGGCGGAGAGGGAGAUGGCAGAGGCCGAGCUGCUGUCCUACAGCGAGAACCUGGAGAACGAGGCAUACCUCCCGGCCAUGGAGGUGCUCCAGGUGGACAUGAUAAUGCUGCCGAGCAAAUAAUACAGGCCACUCCAGAGAGGAUCAUGCAGGAGAACUUCACACCCAUAGAUUCCCCCUCCGAGAAAGGCAGGGAAACCACGCCAUCAACCAAACCAUGGCCUGGCUCGCUGGCUACCUAGGGGACGUCGACCACCUGCCCAACCUAUCCCAGCACAGAUCCCUGUACAAUGAACCGCUGACGCCCGCCUCCAACACCAGCCUGAGCCCCGUGGGCUCCCCGCUCAAUGAGAUCGCCUUUGAGUGCGUGGAGACCCCCACCGCAGCCGACUGGUCGGCCUUCCUCAAUGCCUCCACCAAUGGCAAGAUGGAGAACGAGUUCUCUCAGCUGACACUCUCUGACCACGAGCAGCGGGAGCUCUACUAGGCGGCCAAGAUCAUCCAGACGGCCUUCCGCAAGUACAAGGGACGGCGUCUAAAGGAGCAACAGGACAUGGCUGCAGCUGUUAUCCAGCGAUGCUACAGGAAGUAUAAACAGCUGACAUGGAUAGCGCUGAAGAACGAUUUUGGAAAGUAGACAUUUUCGAAGGAAUGAAGGAAUUAAAGCAAGCGCGAGAAGUGGAAAGUCCUCAGAAGCACAGCCUGACAACCUAACAGCCCCGCUGGUAGGACGCCACUCAACCAUCUCGUGCUAGGCCAGGCCUGGGCUCUACUCCCCCACCUACCACACCUGUGUCAGAUCCUAAAACCCUGUUGCCACCUCGUCCAGGGUGGGCUGUUCACGCUGGAUCUUUUUACUUGCGUUUAAGUGAACGUCACGUGCCUUACGUUACGCGAAACGUGCUCACACCACCGCGUGGAACGUAACUCGCCCCCCUCGUGCGUUAGGCUGCUCCCUGUGGUAUAGCACAUGGUACGUGGUGGGUGACGACUGCUUCAGAGCACUUGAGCCCCCCCCCCCACCUUCUUUGCUCUACCCCAUAACCUCGAUUAGCUGCCAGGCUCGUAUCCUCGGCAUUCUAAAACUUCAGCCCUAAGCGAACGGUUUUAGGGGGCACGUAAACUCUUCAUCCUAACCCCCCUCCUCACCGUGACGUCCCUGAAGUGAGGCUUAAGUGGCCAUUAGGUUACAUUGCGUGUGUUAAGCGAUCCAGUGUGAACUCACCGUAACUCUUUAUCUGCUGUCUUUUUAACUUUGUAACCCUUUCACUGGUGCCCCCCCCACACCCAUGCACCUAUAUCCCUGGAUGUCUGAAUUACACUCGUGUGUGUAGCCACUGGAAUGUCGCACAGAGUAAACCGAUGUCUCUUCUAAACUACUGGGUGAAAUAAUGUGUACCAUACAUAUUAAAGAGCUUGAUUACUGUGUAAAUGUUUUCAUAACACCUACAGUCCUUUUCGAUUUAAAGCUUUCGUGACUGCAAGGAUUCAUCUU